AUGCCUUUCACUGCUUCCGAUAUCUGCAAGAUCAUCUUUGCCAUCAUUCUGCCUCCCUUGGGUGUUUUCCUGGAGCGCGGAUGCGGUGCUGAUCUCCUGAUCAACAUCCUCCUGACCAUUCUCGGUUGGCUUCCCGGAAUCAUCCACGCCCUGUAUGUGUCAACACCUCUGCCGCUCGGUGGUGCUAUGCGCCGUGACCUCAUGCUCACACUGAAUCCAGUUACAUUAUUUUCAAAUAUUGAGGCCGUUGAUGACCUUCCCGUCCACCUACCGCGCUGUCUCGCCGGUCGCUCUCCUCCGAAAAAACUUCAUGACUCCACACAACCUUAUUAUCGUCUACCUCACACUCUGAGGCUGAGCGAUUUGUUGUUGCAUUCAUGA